UAUGGGAAAGCGAAAAUGCUGAUGGGAAAAAGAAGGCAGAAGGCCAAAAUGGCGCCGCUAGAGGCGCAGGAGCUCUUCAUGAUCUCAGUUCCCCGCUGUAAAUGCGCAUCAUAUCGCCAGCAUCAACUUGGCCCAUCAACAGCACCUCGAUCAUUGCUCGCCAGCCCUGGAGAACCUCGCAUCGGCGGCCUUUUCCGUUGCAUGUCUCCCAAGAUUUGCCUACCGUCUGGCGUGACCUAGGAGUCCAGAGCCCGCCAUGUACCACCAUAAUGGCUCCACUAUGCAGGGCGAUAUGUCCGGCAAUCCUUCGAGGGUCAUGAUGGACGACGAACAAGGCAUGAGCAUGAUGCAGUCCAUGGACAAUGACUUGCUACCCAUGGACCUUGACUUGUCAUCGCUCGAUCCCGAUUCUCAAUCCCAGUCAGUCUACCCGUACAACGGCCAUUCCGCCGCCCAUGGCUCUAUGCCUCACGCUUCGUCAACCGACCCUGGCCAUGCCUUCGCAAUGCACGGCGGUAACAUGAAUGACAUUGGCGCCGGUCCGCUGCCGACGGGCUAUGGCAUGCAAAAUCCAAACUUGUCCGGCAGCACCUUGACCGAGUUUACGAAGCGCCGUAACUGGUCCCAGCGCGUCCUAGAAGAAAUACGGGACUUUCUCCAUAUCCUCACUCCUGAUGGCCGUAUUCUUUAUGUUUCGCCUUCUGCAAAACAGCUUACUGGGUACGACCAUGGCCAACUGCUUGGCCACUUCAUAAACGAAUACGUGCAUCCCGAUGACAGUGGUAUAUACAUCAAAGAGUUCAACGAGGCUAUCGCGUCCGGAAACAGUCUGCGGUUCUUCUACCGCUUUCGCAAAGAAGAUGGGACAUAUGUAAUAUUUGAAUCGCAUGGACAUGCGCAUCUGAGUUCAGAGCCGGUGGCUCUUGGUACACAUGGAGGCCAUACUUAUUGUAGAGGGUUCUUCAUGAUGGCUAGGCCAUACCCGACUAAGAAUGCUGCUCUGCUCGACUCGUUCCUCGAGCACAAGAUCGAAAAUGAGCGACUAAUGAAACGGAUAGCCGAACUGAAACGGGAAGAACAGGAAGAAAAUGAGGCCGCUGACCGAGCCUAUGCGGAGAGUAAGACUGGUCCCACCAGCACAAGCGUAUCGGAAACUCGAACUGGAAAACGGUCAGUGAGCGACAACAUGGCUCAAUAUAACGGCAUGCCUCCUCCAGCCAAGCCGACUAUCUCGAAUACGGCUCUCACGCGACAGAACUUGGACGAAGCUCUGGCAGCCUCCAAGCCGGAUAGUAUCAACGAUAAGAUGGCGCGCUACGAGGGAGCAACACACAUUGAAACAAUCGAAAUGCUCACAGGUCUACACUACAGGGACGGGGAAAGGGCGAAAGGCAUAAGCACUGGUGACACCAGCCCGCAGCUUAUUCGUGGAGACGCAGGUAUCGCUAUACUUGUCGAUAAAGACAACCGCGGGUCUUCGGACAAGAAGAAGAAAUUGAAAGUCGCGGAUGAGUAUGUAUGCACGGAUUGCGGGACGCUUGACUCGCCAGAGUGGAGAAAAGGUCCCAACGGACCCAAAACUCUGUGCAAUGCUUGUGGUUUACGAUGGGCGAAGAAAGAGAAGAAGAGGCAUUCCAGCAAUACUACUCCUGGAGGCCAACCAUCUUCGAUGCCAAUGCAAGGCAGUGGCGACAGUGGUUGAGAGGUUCAGUGCAGCUCCUUUGGUUAGUUCACAUACUGGUUCCGCGGAACUCUCCACGGAACUGCUGGCCGAUCAGAUCGCAAAGCAUCCUGCAGGUAGGAUCAUGUCGCUUGCUCUGCCCUAUGAAGGACGGAUCUACUCAAGAAUUGAGGCUUUAUAGACCUCUGCCAGAACGGGCCCGACACUAGAGUGCUCUGGCUCGAUUGCGACCCAGCAGAUUAUGCUAUCAAACCUGCAAGGAUGAUGUAUGUUGUAGGUAAGCAGAGAAAGGACACGAAACCUACGAAAUAAUGACGGCCGAGGCAGAUCUAUGG